CGUCGCUUACGCGUCCGCCCAAAAGCCAGCAGCGCCUGACGGGCCGAUCGCCAUCAUGAAAACAUUCGCCCGUCGUUAUCGUUGUUUCUUCUACGUCCUUGCGGGACUCCGCGGUUUCGAGUAAUAUCGAGCGUUCGCGACGGGAAGUCGUGAACACGCGUAGCAGAGUUGUAAUCUUGGGAAUUCCACAGUUCGCUCUUGCUGUUUGUAACACGACGCAAGUGACGUGAGAAGAGGCUCUCUGUCGUCGUGAGUUUGCGUGAAGUGCGCUGCGAGGGAUUAUCAAAACGAGAUCGAGCCAUUGCGAGUCACGGCAGAGAGAGACAGGCGAAUCUCUCGUCGCUCUUGUCGCGCGGGGUGUUUGCGAUAAAGAAUACGGUUGUGCCACUACUUAAAUGCCUCGUGCAAAUUCCUACUCCAUGUUGUGCAUCGGUUGCAACACGGCUUCGUGUUGGAAAGUGAGUAUAUGGUGACACACGGUUGUGGAAGAACAAUUAGGGAGAGAGCUGUGGCAAAGGGCACUUAGUUAUCCUGCACCAAGCUGACUGCAACUAACCACUGUUUCUCAAGACAGUGAUUACAACUAAAAAUAUAAAUCCAAGUCUCUUUAGUUGAAAAAGAGAGACAUUAAAAGACAAGAAUCAUGGAACGAGAAUCUAAUCCUAUGCAAGCUCUGUGCCGCAGUGGUUGCGGAUUUUAUGGUUCUCCUGCUACUGAGGGCCUUUGUUCUCUUUGCUAUAAGGAAAAUCUGAAAAAGAAACAACAGCCUCCAGUGUCAGCUGCUGCUGUACCAACUUCACAAACAGGCUCUAGUAAUACUGGCACAUUGCAAGGGAGUUUUGGGAAUCCAGCAGCUACAGGAACGACAGCUCAACCUACCAUUCCUACAAUACCUCAGUCAACGUCAGAUCUGCCCAGUCCCAAAGAAAAGGUAAACAGGGAAGAUCAGGAGAGUGAAGUAGGUGUAAGCAGUGCAGUAGCUGAAACUUCAUCAGCGAGUAGUGGAGAUGUAGACGAUUCCUUUGAUGGCAAAGAGACUGAUAAAGAAUCUAAGAAGAAGAAAAAUCGUUGUGCUGUAUGUCGUAAAAAAGUUGGUUUAACCGGAUUUGAGUGCCGUUGCGGAGGACUGUUCUGUGCCGUGCAUCGGUACAGUGACAAGCACGAUUGCAAAUUCAACUACAAAGAAAUGGGCGCUCAAGAAAUUCGGCGCAACAAUCCAGUUGUUGUUGGUGAAAAAGUGCAAAAAAUUUGAACUAUUUAGCAUGUAGUUGGGAAAAUGGUUAUUACAACUAUAUAAACAAACAAUAUAAAAAAACGAAGAAAACGAGUUAAAUUAUCUGGCAGCUGAUUCGCACGUUGAGGAGUGGAACGAACGAGUGUGUAAGAUCGAGAGAAAGUGAAAGAAUGAAUGCGAAUGAGCACGUAAGAACGACAGAAAAAUUGUUUUUUUUUUGUUUUUUUUUUGUUUUUGUUUUUUUUGUAGUUCUAUAAACACCGAGAAAAGUGAGAAAAAUAUAAAAAAAAGGACAAAUAUCACAUAAAACAAAUAAACGAAAGAUUGCAAAUUAGAAUGCGUGCGCGUGAGUGAAUGACUCAUUAUUGAAUGUCAGUGCCAUGUAAGUUUCAGAAUCUUCUAGUGAAAGAAUUUUAAUUGAGAGUAUAUAUAUAUAUAUAUAUACGUACAUAUAUAUAUAUAUAUACAUACCACACACACAUACACACAACACACACAUUACACACCUGGUUACUAACUGCUGCCAGCUUACUAUUACUACUAUUAUUCAUAUUAUUAUUAUUCAUAUUAUUAUCAUCAUUAUCAUUAUCAUCAUCUUUUUCAUUAUUACAGUUUACAAUUAUUCUAUCGUAUGUUUAUUUACUUAAAUAAAAAUUUGCGAGAAAUUAUAAGUUCGUGUUAUGGAAAAGCAAAACUCUGUGCGGUCAGUCAGUCCAGGACGUCUCUUUAGUUAGUUCGACAAAUUUUAUGCGUUGUUUCGUUUGUAUGUAAAAAAGUAAAACAACUUUUAAAGAAUGUUGCUUUAGAUAACGGCUGACAUUGAUGGUGAUUACCGAUCAUCUUUAGGUUAAUAAUUAGUCUAAUAAUUAAAUACAUUAGUCUAUUGAUUCAUAUACAUAAUGCAAUGAGAUAUAAGUAGUACUGUGUGUUUAUGUCCAAUAUUCACGUGAAUAUAACCAGCAAUUAUUACUCAUUAGAUAUGUUUCAAUCCAUAUUGCAAAUACUUAUUUACAUUAUGGCUGCAAAUCUGGUACAUGUAAAUUUAAAACCUUUAAAAUAUCUUUGAUUUGUUUUAGAAUAUGAAAACAAACUGUUAAUGGUUGAAAGAUCGUCAAUUAGUUUACUCGUUUUCUUCAUUAUUUUUGCUUGUUUUGCGAGUUUUGUAGGAUAGCUGCGCGAGGUAUUCCGGUGCUGCAUAGCAGCGCAUAAUGUAAAAGUAAAUAAUCAAUAAGAUAUCUAGAGAGGCCGGGCAUUAUAAGAACGAUGAAAAAAAAGAACUGUUAACGUUUGUAAAGCGUGAACAUAUGAUAAAAAAUCGUGCGAAGGAUAUUACACUGAUAAAUUUUAUAAUCCACGUACAUACUUCUAUUUUUCUUCCCCGCGCUUCACAGACUCGUGCCGAAAUUUUGUUUUUAUUCAUAAGUAGUUAUAUUAUAUAUAUAUAUAUUUGUAAAGUUAUAGCAUCUAGCUAAAGGUGUUAUAGCUACUUAACUUUGUUAUUGUAAAAUGAGAUGAGUGGAUAUGAUACAGCAGCGUGCAAGUUCCGCUCUAUUUGAUCUUUAAGAGAUCUUCAUAAAUUAUAGUUUGAAAACAGAAAUGAUAUUGAAAAAGGAUAAAUAUACAUACUGUGACGUUUCGAUUUCGCGUGCAUUAAAUUAAUUUUUUGUUCUUUUCUUUUUUGUAUCCUAAGACAAAGCGCUUAAUUUAUAUGUGCUGCCGUUCUUUUAUUUCUCGUUUUGUAUAAUUAGGACUUACCUGUAUAAAGUAGGCAUAAAUGUAUCCUCGUUAAAGAUUACUUGCUUAAGAUUAUUAUUUUGCGCUAUUUGGGAAAAUGUACAGCAACACUCUUUAUUCUCGAUAUAAAUAUAAAUCGUUGUGUUAAAUGUGUAAUAUCGUAAAACAUAUAUAUAUCUGUCAAGUUGAGUUUCUUUUUCUUCAAGAUCGAACAAGAUAGUAAACUUUACUCCCGUUUACCAACUAUUUUACAUAUAUUGCCGCUAAAAACUACUUCAUUCGAAAGCGAGUUCAUCUCUUCUUAAAACAUAAAGAAGCACUAAAUUUGCAGACAAUUUUUGAUUAAACAAUAUUUAGAAAUUAAGACUUAUAUUGAAGAAAAUCUUUUGGUAUUAAAUAUGAAAGUAAAUAUGAGUAAAUAUGAGAAUAAUUCAUAUACGAUUUUUCCGUAGUUUUUACUGAGACAACUAGGCGCUGACUUCAUGGACAAUGUAUAUAUUAUACAUUUUGUGUCAAUAUGGUUCUUGUUGAGAAAUUUAUUUUAUUUUUGGUUUUGGCGUAUUUUUAGGAAUGAUACCAAUGAGAAAAAUCAGAAUUGAGUAUAGAAAAAAACAAAAAACGCGCGCAUACACACGCCACUCACACACACGUACACACACCGAUUAUCAGUAAUAUCGACGGAAUGGUUGCCUUCAGGCCUUCAUCCUAUUUUAGGCAUAGCAUAUUUUUCUAACGUGUAUCGCAAUAUCGGAAUAAUCUUGCCUAGCGAGAGCGAUCGAAUGGUAGAAAGGAAAAAGAGAGAGAGUGAUUGAGGAAUGUGUACAUGAAGGAUAGAAAAAUGCCUGGAAAUGAGGCAGAGGAAUGUGUGACAAAAAUAUAAAUGGUGAUUUAUAAACGAACGAAAGAGACAGAAAGAGAGAGAGAGAGAACUUAUCAGCGACGAUCGUACUUGGCUGACUAUAUAAGGACGUAACACAAUGCUUGUAAUUAUUACGAUUGAUAUUAGUAUGUUUAAGCUAUUAAAAAGUAACAUCAACUUUAA